ACCGAGUCGCCGAGCCCGUGGGGUCGCAGCCCCGGUGUCACCGUGUCACCGCGUGUCACCCGGUGUCACCCGCCGCCGCCGCCGCGCCCCGCAGGCCCAGGCCACCAUGCCGCUGGGACGGGACGGGCCCGGCUGGAAGAAGCGGACCGAGGACAUCCGUCGCAUCUACGACUUCCGAGAGGUCCUGGGCACGGGGGCCUUUUCCGAGGUGGUCCUGGCGGAGGAGAAGGCGACCCAGAAGCUGGUGGCCAUCAAGUGCAUCGCCAAGAAGGCGCUGGAGGGGAAGGAGGCCGGCCUGGAGAACGAGAUCGCCGUCCUGCACAGGAUCAAGCACCCCAACAUCGUGGCCUUGGAUGACAUCUACGAGAGCAGCAGCCACCUCUACCUCAUCAUGCAGCUGGUGUCGGGGGGGGAGCUCUUCGACCGCAUCGUGGAGAAGGGCUUCUACACCGAGCGCGACGCCAGCGCCCUGAUCCGGCAGAUCCUGGACGCCGUCAGGUACCUGCACGACAUGGGCAUCGUGCACCGCGACCUGAAGCCUGAGAACCUGCUGUACUACAGCCUGGAGGAGGACUCCAAGAUCAUGAUCAGCGACUUCGGGCUCUCCAAGAUCGAGGGCUGCGGCAGCGUCAUGUCCACCGCCUGCGGGACCCCCGGCUACGUGGCCCCCGAGGUGCUGGCGCAGAAGCCCUACAGCAAGGCAGUGGAUUGCUGGUCCAUCGGGGUCAUCGCCUACAUCCUGCUCUGCGGGUACCCCCCGUUCUACGACGAGAACGACGCCAAGCUCUUCGAGCAGAUCCUGCGGGCCGAGUACGAGUUCGACUCGCCCUACUGGGAUGACAUCUCGGACUCGGCCAAAGACUUCAUCCGGCACUUGAUGGAGAAGGACCCCAAAAAGCGCUUCACGUGCGAGCAAGCCCUACAGCACCCCUGGAUCGCCGGGGACACGGCCCUGGACAAGAACAUCCACCAGUCGGUGAGCGAGCAGAUCAAGAAGAACUUUGCUAAGAGCAAGUGGAAGCAAGCCUUCAACGCCACGGCCGUGGUGAGGCACAUGAGGAAGCUGCAGCUGGGAACCAGCCAGGAGGGCCCCGGGCAGCCGACGCUGAGCAGCCCCUGCCAUGGCCAGCGCCUGGGGGGGGGCUCCAGCAACGGGUCGGACUGCGAGCGGGCGCCGGCGAACAGAACCCCCCGGUUGCCCCCCCACUGA